AAGCGCUUACACUCCCGCGUUUAGUUCGCGUUUACCUUGUGUGUUCUCGGAUCAGUCAGACUCGCGCUUCUGAGUCGUCAGCAACGACUCUCUACCGAUCCUUGCUGAUCAGGAGUCGCCGAGGAUUUUCAAUUUUCUUCUCCGAUCUACUUCGAUCUGCGCGCAAGCGUCAGAUUGUUUGGCAUUUUUACGAUUGUUCGAAACGCGCUACAGCCGCCACCGGAUACUCGUCGAGGAAACUGGCUCGUCGUUCCGAUACCAGAGGGUCCUGACCUGACAGACGCUGCGAUCACGAAAAGGAUGCGAACCCAUCGGAGUUUGGUGUGCCUGCUGUUCGUCCAGGUCCUGUCGAUCGUGAACGGUAUACCGGACUUUUCGGGACUGCCGAGGGGGCCUUACUGCGCCGACAGGUACCCGGCUUUCGGAUGCUGCACCGGACGGCAGGACGAGUGCAGCGCGCCGAUCCUCACCACCACCUGCUACUGCGACGAUUUCUGCGAUCGACGCGGAGAGGAGGAUUGUUGUCCGGAUUAUUGGAGCCACUGCAGAGGAAUCGACAAUUAUCCGACGACGCAGCAGCCGCCGCGGACGUCGCCGCCGGAACCUAAAAGAAGAUGCUACUUCGAGGGAAAGUACUACAACUAUGGGCAAUCGUUCAAGCGGAACUGCAACACGUGCAAUUGCACCUCGGUGGGCUCGCGGGCGGAAGUGGUCUGCGAGCAGAAUCGAUGCUUGCAGGAGCGUGAUCUGAUAGAGAUGAUCAAUUACGAGACGCCUGUUCUCGGUUGGAGGGCGAGAAACUAUUCGGAGUUCGCGGGGAGGACGCUCAGGGAAGGCAUGCAGCUUCGUUUAGGUACUCUGAAUCCGUCGCAGUCGGUCUACAAGAUGUACUCCGUUCCGCGGAUCUACGAUCCGCAAUCGCUGCCACGAGAAUUCGAUGCCAGAUCCCGUUGGCCCUUCUACAUAUCCGGCGUCGCGGAUCAAGGAUGGUGCGGCGCUUCCUGGGCAAUUUCGAGCGCGGACGUCGCCUCCGACAGAUUCUCUAUAAUGAGCAUGGGAGUGGAGGACGUGGAGCUGAGCGCGCAACACUUGCUCUCUUGCAACAACAGAGGCCAACGGGGCUGCGACGGUGGCUACUUGGACCGAGCCUGGAUGUUCAUGAGGAAGUUUGGGUUGGUCGAGGAACAGUGCUACCCGUGGACAGGAACGAGCGAACAGUGCAAACUCCGAAAGAGGACCGAUCUGAAGACCGCCGGCUGUAUGGUUCCGUCUAAUCCGUUACGCACGGAGUUGUACAAAGUCGGACCCGCGUACCGUUUGGGCAACGAGACCGACAUCAUGCAGGAGAUCCUGACUUCCGGACCCGUCCAGGCCACGUUCAGGGUUUACCAAGAUUUCUUCUCGUACGAGUCGGGAGUCUACAGACACUCCCCGUUCGGGGAGCGGGAUGAGUCGGACGAGCCCGCUUAUCAUUCGGUAAGGAUAAUCGGAUGGGGAGAAGAAGAAUCUAGUCAUGGUCCGCCGUUGAAGUACUGGCUGGUGGCAAACUCGUGGGGUCGUCAAUGGGGCGAAGAGGGUCUAUUCCGUAUCCAAAGGGACACGAACGAAUGCGAGAUCGAAUCUUUCGUCCUGGCGGUGUGGGCGAAAACGGCCUUGCCUCUAGGCUCCAGAGGUUUGCCCCUCUAGGAUCCCCGACUUCAGAGUCUAUGCACGGGCAACUCUGCAGCAGACAGUGCAUUUAUAAAGUCUCCGUCGAUUCGUCGUCCAUCAUCGCAACCGUUCGCAACCGUUCGCAACCGUUCGGGACAAGUCCAAAGCACAAACGGUCGUCGUCGUUCCGACAGAGGUUGCGAUGCCAUCGGUUUUUCCGAGGUGGUACACGCGAUACAGGAAAUAAAAAAGAAACAACAUCGUGACGGUGGACGUCUCUUUCUUUUUUUUUUUUUUAAGCGAGAUCUAUUAUAAAUCUUCUCUUCUGUCAUGUUCGUUGCCGAGGAACGUACACGGAUGUACUAAGCCGCUGGACGAAGGUCUGCCACGUAUCGAGCUUCGAACGUCCAAGACGACAGGAGCUAGGACGCCUUUAUUCCUAAGUGCAGAUCAUAAGUUCAAUACAGUGAGCGUAAUUGUAACCGUAAUCGCAACCGUGAUUGUCACCGCAACCACUGCCUUCGUCUAAUUAAUAAUAAUCGUGCGUACGCGAUACGUACCUGCACAACACAUGUAUUUUUAAGUAUCGUUAGUUUCUCGAGUCAAACGACGACGCUGCGUCGCGCGCUUCUGCAGUGUGGACUGUACACUUCCAGCUUGUCCUUCGGCGUGUUCAUCGCGGCGUAAUCGAUUGGGAACGGCGCGUUAUUGCCGCGGAUUAUGCAGGAGUCCGUCAAACCGAGGAAAUGUUCUCCAGGACCGAAUGGACCUCGACCGAACAGAAAAUUGGCGAACACGAGCUGAUACUGCGGCCAACCCAGAGGAUGAUCUCCGUUCUGCGAACGGAACAAAGCAUUCUCCUCUAUCUCGAGCGUUUCUUUGUUCUACAGUCUACAGACGACAGCGUCCUAUUGUAUCUGUCGCACGCAUCGCGACCGUCUAAUCGUGCCGCAUACGAAUGCAAAUACAAAUAUAAAUAGAAAUAAACGGCAAUGAAUAAAGUAUGAUCCAAGGCG